ACACAACACAUACCCCAACCUCCUUUUUGGAACAAAACCAUUCUCUAGGGUUUUCACAGAACUCUUUUUUCAUAAUAAUAAUCCCCCAUUUCUUGAUUAUCCUUAUGCACAACAUAAUCGUGUUAUGCAUUUACUUCAUCUAAUUUGGAUUGUUAAAGCGGGAUUUUGAGGUGGUUUUGUUUCAAUUUUGCACUUCUCCGAUGCAAUUGAUGUAAUGACACAUCAUCUUCAACGAUUUGGCAAUGGUGAGGCAUAUCUGCUCGAGAAGCGUAAUGUUUUGGUUCUUGGUGGUGGUAUCGAUAACCACCGUGUUCAGUUCGGGAUUUUGUUUGGAUGAUUUGGAAGGUUAUGAUAGUGAUUUGGGAGGGAAGUUUAUAAACCUGUUUCAUCAAGACUACUCGCCGCCGGCUCCGCCGCCACCACCGCCGCACCCACCGUCGGCAUCAUGUGAGUUUGAUCUUGGCGGGGUUGGGUCGUUAGAUACUACUUGUGAGGUAGUUACUAGUUUGAAUUUAACUCAGAAUAUGUAUAUAGCAGGGAAGGGAAAUUUUUUCAUCCUCCCCAAUGUGACUGUGAGUUGUACGGUUUUCCCAGGGUGCGAAAUUGGUAUAAAUGUUACGGGUGACUUUAGUUUAGGUGAAAACGCACGAAUUAUCGCCGGAACUUUUGAGCUCGAGGCUGGGAAUGCAAGUUUUGCGGAAGGCUCCCUUGUGAACACCACUGCUUUAGCUGGUAAUCCCCCGGAGCAAACUAGUGGGACACCUCAUGGGAUUGACGGAGCUGGUGGUGGUUAUGGUGGAAGAGGUGCCGCUUGUUUAUUGAAUGACAAGAAGCUUCCGGAUGAUGUUUGGGGAGGCGAUGCAUAUUCAUGGUCGACCUUACAGAAGCCGUGGAGCUACGGAAGUAAAGGUGGGACUACGAGUCUGGAUGUGGAUUAUGGUGGUGGUGGUGGUGGGAGGAUAAAACUUGUGGUUAAGAAUCUUCUUGAGAUGAAUGGUAGUUUAUUAGCUGAAGGUGGAAAUGGUGGUACCCAGGGUGGAGGUGGUUCAGGUGGCAGCAUCUACCUCAAGGCUUAUAAGAUGACUGGAAAUGGUUAUAUAAGUGGUUGUGGAGGUGAUGGUUUUGGUGGUGGAGGUGGAGGAAGAAUUUCUACAGACAUUUUUAGCAGGCAUGAAGAACCUAAAAUCAUUGUCCAUGGUGGUAAUAGUCUAGGAUGCCCUUCAAACGCAGGUGCUGCAGGCACUUUUUAUGAUGCUGUAACACGUAGCCUUACAGUUGAUAAUUUCAACAUGACAACUGACACUGACACACUUCUAAUGGAGGUUCCAUAUCAGCCUCUUAUGACCAAUAUUUUUAUUCGAAGUUUUGCUAAGGUUUCUGUUCCCUUGCUAUGGAGUCGUGUCCAGGUUCAAGGCCAAAUUAGUGUCCUGGAUGGAGGUAUCUUGAGCUUUGGGUUAGCUCAUUAUGCUUUAUCAGAAUUUGAGGUUCUUGCAGAAGAGCUUCUAAUGAGUGAUUCUGUAAUCAAGGUUUAUGGUGCUCUACGUAUGACUGUAAAGAUGUUCUUGAUGUGGAAUUCACAAUUGCUUAUUGAUGUUGAGGGUGACCAGAAUGUGCAGAAUUCAUUUCUUGAGGGUAGCAAUCUUAUUGUUCUCAAGGAAUCUUCUACCAUACGUUCAAAUGCUAAUCUUGGGGUACAUGGCCAAGGUUUAUUAAACUUGUCAGGCCCAGGUGACUGUAUUGAAGCACAACGUUUGGUUCUGUCCCUGUUUUAUAGUGUCAAUGUGGGCCCCGGAUCAGUCUUACGUGGGCCCUUGGAAAAUGUUACAGCUAAUGCUGUGACACCGAAGCCGAUUUGUGACUCUCAAGAAUGUCCAUAUGAGUUGCUGAAUCCACCUGAUGACUGCAAUGUCAAUGCUUCUUUGUCCUUUACUCUUCAGUUAUGUCGUGUUGAAGAUAUCUUGGUUGAAGGCCUUAUAAAAGGGUCUGUUGUGAACUUCCAUAGAGCAAGAACUGUUACAGUUGAAUCUAGUGGGACAAUUAGCACCUCAAAGAUGGGUUGCAAAGGUGGUAUUGGGAGGGGGAAAGUGUUGAAUGUUGGAAUUGGGAGUGGGGGUGGUUAUGGUGGUUAUGGUGGGUAUGGUUGUUAUAAUGACACCUGCAUUGAUGGUGGUGGGCCAUAUGGGGAUGCUGAUUUGCCUUGUUGGAUGGGUAGUGGUGGUGGGAAUGAUGUCAUCAGUGGGUCAACAGCUGGUGGUGGUGUUCUUGUGAUCGGUUCUUCAGCUAAUCCAUUGCCAAGUUUGUAUGUUAAUGGUGUAGUAGGAUCUGAUGGAGGAAGUUAUGAAGAAAACAUUUUCAAGAAAUACGAUUGGAUGGGAGGAUCAGGGGGAGGAUCAGGGGGAACGAUACUUGUGUUCUUGAAUGAUCUGUUUGUUGAUGAGUCUGGAAUCCUUUCGAGUGAUGGAGGUGAAGGUAGUCCAAACGGGAGUGGUGGUGGUGGUGGUGGAAGGAUUCAUUUUCAUUGGUCACACAUACCAACCGGAGAUGUAUAUCAACCUGUUGCUAAUAUCAAAGGAAGCAUCUCCACUCGAGGUGGAUUGAGUGGAAAUGAAGUUGGUGCUGGAGGAAUUGGAACAGUCACUGGAAAAUCUUGUCCAAAAGGGCUUUUUGGUACUUUCUGUGAGGAAUGCCCUGUUGGCACUUACAAAAAUGUUACAGGAUCUGAUAAGGAGUUGUGUUUGGAGUGCCCUGCCAAUGAGCUUCCCCAUCGUGCAUUCUAUAUAUAUGUCCGAGGUGGUUCUGCUGAAACUCCAUGUCCUUACAAAUGCAUUUCAGACAAAUACCACAUGCCAAAUUGUUACACUGCUCUUGAAGAACUAAUGGAGACAUUUGGUGGGCCAUGGGUAUUCAGCCUUCUUCUGUUGGGCCAUGGACCAACUCAACAAGGAUCUCAGAUGGAUCACUCCUUUCCUUUCUUGGAAUCGCUCAAUGAGGUUUUGGAAACAAACAGAGUGGAGGAGUCUCAAGGGCAUGUGCAUAGGAUGUACUUUAUGGGAGGAAACACUUUCAGGGAACCAUGGCAUCUUCCUCACACACCUCCUAAACAAGUGAUAGAUAUAGUGUAUGAGGGUGCAUUUAAUAGAUUUGUUGAAGAUAUUAAUGCUUUAGCCACAUAUCCAUGGUCUGAAUAUGACCAUGCAUGCUUGCGUUCAUGUCGAUCACGUGCUCUCUAUGAAGGUCUUAAGGUGGCUGCAACAUCUGAUUUGAUGCUAGCUUAUGUGGACUUUUUUCUUGGUGGUGAUGAAAAAAGAAGCGAUCUUCCUCCACACCUUCAUCAAAGAUUCCCGUUGUCUCUUUUAUUUGGAGGUGAUGGAAGCUACAUGGCUCCGUUUUCACUUCACAGUGACAAUGUUAUUACAAGUCUCAUGAAUCAGUGUAUCCCUCCUACUAGUUGGUAUCGAUUUGUGGCUGGUUUAAACGCACAAUUACGGUUGGUGCGUAGCGGUCGACUCAAAGUAACAUUUCGGGGGGUUGUGGACCAACCCCAACCCCAACUGGAUCAUAGUAAUGCCAUUGAAGAAGAUGAAGAUUCAGAAAUGAAGGUGGAUGAUAAUAAGAAAGAGAAGAAGAGUUACGGUAGGGUUUUAGACAUCAACAGUUUGAAAACACUCAAGGAAAAGAGGGAUGUAUUGUUUCCACUCUCCUUUAUUAUAUACAACACCAAACCUGUUGGCCACCAGGAUGUAGUGGGAUUGGUGAUAUCGGUGAUACUGCUAGGAGACUUUAGUCUGGUUUUGCUUACGUUGCUUCAGUUAUUUUCAUAUUCAUUAACAAACGUGUUAUUGGUUGUAAUGAUUUUGCCACUUGGGAUUUUGCUUCCUUUUCCUGCUGGCAUCAAUGCUCUGUUUAGUCAAGGCCCCAGGCGAUCUGCUGGGCUGGCCCGUAUAUAUGCUCUCUGGAACAUAACAUCCUUGGUCAACGUCGUGGUUGCUUUUAUCUGUGGUUAUGCUCAUUAUAUGAAUCAGUCCACUAAAACCCCUUCAGAUGUUCACCCGUGGACCAUGGAGGAAAGCGAGUGGUGGAUAUUUCCGGUUGCAUUAGUAUUGUGUAAAUGGAUUCAGUCGCUGUUUAUAAAUUGGCAUAUUGCAAAUUUGGAGAUUCAAGAUCGCUCUUUAUAUAGUGCUGACAUGGCAGGCUUUUGGCAAACAUCAUAAUAGACUAGAGAAAACUGUUGAUUAUCAACAUUUUCAAUUUUUGUUUUUGUUUUUGUUUUGGGUAUUGGUUUUCUAUUCGUUGUAGGGUAGGUAGGUGGGCCAUGGCAUAAUAGAUAAAAUUGGAAUUUAGGUAGAGGCAGGGUAAAAGAAGGCUGGGAGUUUAUCCUUUUGUUGUAUAUAAAUAAUGAUAUAUCAUAUGCCAAUACAAUACGGUUUUGGAUAUUUUUCUGAUUGGU